CUUUUCUGCCCCAACCUUGUCGUCUGCUCUUCUUUCCAGCAUGUCUCGCGUCAAAGAGGACGGGCCAUCGCGGGUCGUCCGGCAACAUGCUCCGGAUGAGGAUGAUUUGCCAUCGAUGAGCAUCGGAAAAUACCUGGCGACUAGACUUCCAACUCUGGUGCCCCCUAUGAAUCCUGCUCCUAAUCCGAUCAAGGCUCUUACUUUGCUCAGUGGCAAGCAAUGGCUCUUCUUUGGCGUCGCCUUCUUUGGCUGGACGUGGGAUGCCUUCGACUUUUUCACCGUCUCCUUGACCACCACUGAGCUCGCAAAAGCUUUUGACAAAUCAGUCACAGAUAUCACCUGGGGCAUAACCCUCGUCCUGAUGCUCCGGUCCGUGGGAGCGAUCGCCUUUGGCAUAGCAGCCGAUCGAUGGGGCCGGAAAUGGCCUUUCAUCGUCAACAACGUCAUGUUCAUUGUGCUGGAGCUGGGAACCGGUUUCUGUCAGACAUAUCGUGAGUUCCUGGCUUGUCGUGCUCUGUUUGGAAUUGCCAUGGGCGGGCUAUAUGGCAAUGCAGCAGCUACUGCGCUUGAGGACUGUCCAAUGGAGGCGCGUGGUAUCGUUUCAGGUCUACUACAACAAGGAUAUGCGUUCGGUUACCUGCUGGCGACUGCUUUUGCGCGUGGACUGGUCGACACGACUCCGCACGGGUGGAGACCGUUGUUCUGGUUUGGUGCAUGCCCUCCAGUCUUGAUCAUUAUCUACCGACUCUGUUUGCCUGAGACAGACGCCUUCAUUGAGCGCCAAAGGACGCGAAACUCUGUUCGAGGCGGAGUGGCAUCGACGUUCAUGUCGGAGGGUAAGACAGCCUUAAAGCGACACUGGUUGCUCCUGAUUUAUCUCGUCUUGCUCAUGGCGGGCUUCAAUUUCAUGUCUCACGGCUCGCAAGAUCUGUAUCCGACCAUGCUUAAGAGCCAGUUUGGCUUCUCGGCUGAUGCCGUCACCGUCACCCAAGUCGUCGCCAACCUAGGCGCAUUGACAGGAGGUACCCUGUGCGGGUGGGCAAGUCAGAUCUUCGGACGACGAUUCUCGAUCAUUGUGGUCAGCAUUAUCGGCGGUGCUCUCCUCUACCCGUACACUUUCGUGACCUCGACCAAUGUUAUGGCGGCCGCCUUCUUCGAGCAAUUUUGCGUGCAGGGCGCGUGGGGGGUGAUUCCUAUCCAUCUGAUGGAGCUGUCCCCGGGCUCAAUUCGCACUUUUGCCGUGGGUACAGCCUAUCAGCUAGGUAACCUGGUGUCCUCGGCCAGUUCCACGAUCGAGUCAACGAUCGGAGAACGGUUUCCCCUACCACCUUCGGCCACAGGGGCCAAGCGGUAUGAGUACGGAAAGGUAAUCUGUAUCUUCAUGGCAUGCGUUUACGUUUAUGUGAUCCUGGUGACAUUCUUUGGUCCGGAGCGGUUGGGACGCCAGUUCGACGUGGCACACGAUGCGGACCUGGCAGAAGUGACCGCCCAUCGCGGCAUGGCCGGCGAGGGCAUUGAGAGUGAUCCCGAGAAGGGCGCCGUGCGGACCCUGGAGGGUUGA